ACUUGCUGACAUGACUGUGAUCGUCAAACCUCGCAGCCCGUAGCACUUCAUCCUGGGUUACUGCUGCGCACCCGGCACCGGAAAGUGAUUGCUACCUCCUAGGCCUCAACUUGAACAACAUGGCUGCCCCGGUCGUUCCAAGCAGCUUCCAAAUUUACAACUCAUACGUCGAAGAUCCUAAAUGGCAAAUCAAAUUCACCAUAAUCUGGUGCUCUGGCGUCGCACUGGCUGUGGCCGUUUCUAUUCCAAGUGUUAUUCUUGGUCUGAGACAUGGGCGUUCCCUCAAGGGAAUCGCUGGAAUCUCAGAGACCGGUGGAUAUCAGUCUGCCCAUUCCGAUGGCAAGGAGCCACCGCCUACUACCCGUCGAAAAGGUCGCAGAUUGGUUGGAGCUUGGAAUGCUCUCAUCUCACCGACGUACUGGUCUCCUCCGAAGCUAGGGCUUAAUGUUGGACAAAUUAUAGUUUUAUCGGCGUACCUCACAGCUGUACUCGUCUGCAUCAUAAAGGAUGCACCUCUUAUUUCUAAUCCGAACAGAGCUGGAUUUCUCGCUCUCGCACAGUUUCCGGUCGUCUUUUUGUUUGCAACAAAAAACUCAAUUCUGUCCUUAUUGUUAGGACCAGGGAAUGGCUACGAGAAACUGAACUUUAUGCAUAGGAUGGCGGGAAGAGCUAUGUUUCUUGCCGCAUGCAUUCAUGGGUUCCUGUGGAUCCGCAAUCGCCUACAGUAUGGACUUGCAAUUCUUGGUCCACAGAAAGAGACUUCGGGAGUGGCUUCGCUGGCUCUACUCUGUAUCAUCGUCCUUACGUCGCUGAGGCCAGUCAGGAGACUAUUUUAUGAGUGCUUCUUCAUCAUACACAUAUUGACAUACGUGGCAUUCUUUGUCGCUAUAUGCUACCAUACGUCGUAUGCAUCGCCGUGGAUAUUCCCUCCCCUUGCAUUUUAUGGCGCAGAUAUUUUACUGCGCCUAUUUCGCUAUCGAAUCAAGGCCGCCACACUUACUGCGCAGGAUACUCGUAUGACUAUGAUCCGCGUUCAUAAUUGCGACGAUGGUUGGCUCGCUGGCCAGCAUGUCAGACUGCGCGUUCUCUUCUCCAACAGAGUUUUUGAAUCACAUCCCCUCACUAUUCUCUCGGCACCACCUUCCCAUUCUUGCCUCUCCUCACCUGGAUUCUUUCUCGCUGCACGAAAUGAUGGAGACUGGACGCGGGCGCUGAAUAGCUAUACCCGGGGGGAACAAGAACGCUUACGAAUAGAGAAUAGGUCAGAGGGCGACUCGGGUGCUUUCGUUCAAGUCAUGCUGGAUGGUCCUUAUGGAGGGUCGAGCGUCGAUCUGGGUCUGUACGAAAGCGUGUUUCUUAUAGCCGGCGGGUCUGGCGUUACAUUCACUCUUGGUCUGCUGGACGACAUUGUCGGCAGGUGUGUCAAACUAGGCCGCAGUCAGGGGGAACGAACGAGGGGAAUCGAGUUCACUUGGUGCAUCAGAUCUUUUGGUCAGAUAGAAUGGUUUGCACCGAUGCUGAUAGAUAUUGCCACGGCAGCGUCGAAUAGUACCAUCGACCUGCACAUUUCUAUUUUCAUAACGUGCUCUCAGGCUUGCGAUCCAGAAGCGGUACUUCAUAUCCCCAACUCCGUCGUCGCACUUUCGCGUCCAGCUGUCCAUAAUCUUCUCAGGGACUUCAUCAGUUUUCCGUCAUCAUGUGAAAAGGAAGAUUCGAUCGACAUGCAAUGUGAUGAAAGCCAGAAAUUAAUGGGCUUGGGUGGGGGAGUCGCGGUCUGUGCUAGCGGCCCAGAGAGCUUGACGAGAGAUGCGCAGAAUGCAGUUGCAGGAUUGGGUUUGAUAAUGGGUAUGGAUGUGGGCGGGAUUGCUCUACAUACGGAGCAGUUUACUUUGUGACCUAACUCAAGUACAUUGGAAGUUCUCAAAGCGGAUUGAUCAGGUACCCGAAUGCUACAAAUUAUACAUACCUGGAGACUGUAAUGGUCUAGUGAUGCUAUGCUAUAGAAUGAUUGCC